AUGGAGAGAGUGAUAUUGCAGCCCGGGAACAAAAAUCCUUCCCUAGGGCCAGUGGAAUCACAGCCUGAAAGUUUGAAUCCUUCCUUGGGCAAUGUGGAAUUGCAGCUUGAAAGUGGAAGUCCUGCUGAACAACAAGCAAAUUCUGCCAAACCAUCAAAUCCAAAGAAGAGGAUGACACGCCACACCAGUAUUGUUAGGCAAUCUAAACGUGUUCAACAUGCAAUAACCUCUGCUCUAAACCCGGACAUUGUGCCUGUAGUUGAAGAGGUAAGUCUAACUGAAAGUGAUGAAGAAUACGACCCACCUCCUCAGAAAGAGCAAAAUAUGCCUGAGUCGACUGAGCCAACAUCAUUGGGUGAAAAGAACUUUGAAAAACAAAUUGACAACAUUGUUCAACGAUUAGAAAUACAAGCAAAGACCAUAGAAGAAUUGAAAUCUGAGAUGUCCAAGAAGUCUGUCUGGAGGGGAAGCCCAUCUGGAGCAUAUGUAAGAUACAAAAGCUUGUAUAUAGAUUCCCAAAAGAAGAUUGAAGUAUUGACAGGAGAAAAUAAACAACUUUCUAUGAAGCUAGAAACUGCACUUGGCAAGCUUGAAGCAGUAUCAAAGAAGGAAUGCACGCCAUCGCAACUAGCAGUAGCCUGCGUUCAUGAUCACCGAGGGAAGACGUGUCCAACACCUGGAACCACCAAGAUUGUAAACUUCAACCAGAACAUUGGAGCUCUGUCUAUGAAACUGACAUCAAAAGAAAUGGUUGAACUUGAAUCAUUUGUUUCAGAGGAUUUAGUUAAGGGUGACAGAUAUGCAUGA